GGAGACACCGGAGGAGGCAGCCGGUGUUAGGGAAGAGCGGAAGGACGUUUCCACAUGAGGAUUUUAAGCAUUUCCACUUCGUUUAGAUGAAUGUGAGACUUCCACGUGUGUUUACAUGACAGAGAGAGCAGGUAGCGGCAGAUUUCAACCAGCUUCACCCUCUAAUCUGCGCACGUUGAAUGCGCCUGCGCGUCCAGUUGUAUUUGUGAGAUGCUAAAGAUGACUUCUCUGAGACGUUUGGUGCACAGCAGGGUGCUGCUCCACCUGAGCGAGUCUCCAGGUGUGCACAGCUCCCUGCCCAGGUGCGCCAGGCUGCUCAGCACCUCCAGCAGGUGCAGGACUGUCAUGCCCGCCUGGGUCAUUGAUAAAUACGGAAGCAAUGAGGUCUUACGGUUCACCAAGAACGCCAGCUUUCCCAUCAUCAACUAUCCCAAUGAGGUGAUUGUCAAGGUGUUUGCAGCAGGACUCAGCCCCAUCGACGUCGCCAUGAGAGGUGGCUACGGCGCAGCUACAUUGUCCAUGAAGAGAGAUCCUUUGAACAUCAAGCAGUCGGGCAGUGAGUUUCCUCUCGUUCUGGGCCGGGAUGUGUCCGGGGUCAUCAUGGAGUGCGGCCUGGACGUGAAGCACUUCAGAGAGGGGGACGAGGUUUGGGCGGCGAUCCCGCCGUGGAAGCAGGGCAGCCUGGCGGAGUUUGUGUUGCUGAGCGCCAACGAGGUGUCCCACAAACCAAAGUGUCUGAGCCACAUCGAGGCUGCUGCCAUUCCCUACGUGGCAACCACCGCCUGGUCAGCGCUGGUUAAUACUGGCGGUCUGAGAAAGGACAACUGUGCCAACAAGAGGAUUUUGAUCCUUGGAGGAUCUGGAGGAGUGGGAACGUUUGCUGUACAGAUGGUGAAGGCGUGGGGUGCCCACGUGACCGUUACCUGCUCCCAGAACGCCGAGCAGUUCUUAAGGGGGCUUGGGGCGGACCACGUGGUGGACUACACCGCUGGGCCCGUCGAGGAGCCGCUCAGCGCUCUGGAGAAGUUCGACCUGAUCCUGGAUAAUGUCGGGGGUGACACGGAGAGUUGGGCAUUGAAGCUGCUGAAGCCGUGGAGCGGCGCAAAGUACGUCACCCUGGUGACGCCGUUCAUGCAGAACACCGACAGGCUGGGUGUAGCUGACGGCAUGAUGCAGUCCGCCGCUACAGUGGCCAGCAAGGCCUUAAAACACCUGAUGAAAGGAGUUCAUUACCGCUGGGGAUUCUUUGCACCCAGCGGCUGCGCCUUGGAUGAAAUCAGGGACAUGGUGGAUGCAAAACAGAUCCGGCCCGUGGUGGAGGAGACCUUCAGCUUUUCACAAGUGCCUCAGGCCUUUGAGAAGGUGGAGAAGGGUCACGCCCGAGGAAAGACGGUAGUCCAGAUCAGCAAAGGGGGCGACGACGUAUAGCUCUGCACAUCGUGGGCAUUUCUUAUUGAGUGCUGUCAAUGCUUUUAUAGACUCCGCCCACAAAACCAAAGACACAUUGCACUUUGUUUUCUAUCCAAAGUACAUUGUUUACCUUUUCA